AAGGAAGGCUACGGAGCGAUACACGAGAGAGAGAGAUAAGCGAAGAGAGAGAGGAGAGAAGAGAAGAGAAAGCGAGCGUCCGGUGAAGCGAUACCAUGGCGGCAACUGUUACUAGUGCGUGGUCGUCGAAGCCCGGAGCGUGGGCUCUCGAUUCCGAAGAACACGAAGCGGAGCUUCUUCAAAGCCAAAACAACAAAGAUCCCGUCGACACCCAUGCCAACGGCGGCGACUCCGCCGAUUUCCCCUCUCUCGCGGCGGCGACGGCGGCCACCGCCACCAAGACCAAGAAGAAGAAGUCCCAGGCCAUACCGCUAUACGAGUUCGCCAAGCCGACUCAGAGCACCCAGUCGAGGGGCCUCACCUCCGAAGAUCUCAUGAUGCUCCCGACUGGGCCGCGCCAGCGAACGGCCGAGGAGCUCGACCGGUCCCGGCUCGGCGGCGGCUUCAGAUCCUUUGGCUAUGAUAGGAACAACAACAACCACAACAGGUAUGACGGCGACGAGUCUUCGAAUUCUCGGUGGGGGAAUUCUAGGGUUUCGGAUGAGACGCGCCGAUUUAGUAGGGAUUCGAGCAGGGAAUUGGCGCCGUCUCGUGCUGAUGAGGUUGACGAUUGGGGAUCGACGAAGAAGCCGCUUGUUGGGAGUGGUUUUGAGAGGAGGGAGAGAGGGUUUUUUGGCUCCGAGUCUAAGGCGGACGAAUCUGAAAGCUGGGUGUCAAAUAAGAGCUUUGUUCCGUCGGAGGGACGGAGAUUUGACGGUCCGAGAGAGAGGCGAGUGGGUUUCGAGUCGAGUGGCGGCGCCGAUUCGGAUAAUUGGGUGAAGAAGAAGGAAGAGGAGGGCCGGAGAUUGGGUGCUUUUGAUAGUCCGAGAGAGAGGCGAGGGGUCUUUGAUUCUGCUGCAAAUGGCGGUGCAGAUUCGGAUACUUGGGGAAAGAAGAGGGAAGAAGGAAGUGGAAGCGGGAGGCCUAGGCUCAAUUUGCAGCCGCGAACACUGCGCGUGGGGGAUGUUCAGCAAAAUGGCUCGGUGAUCUCAGCCAAGCCCAAGAGUUCGAAUCCCUUUGGCGAGGCGAGGCCAAGGGAGGAGGUUUUGAAGGAAAAGGGGCAGGAUUGGAAGGAAAUUGAUGAGAAACUGGAGUCCUUGAAGUUUAAGGAGAUGUCUUCUGGGACCGAUGGGCUGACAUUCGGGAAGAGGAGUUUUGGGAGCGGGAAUGGGAGGAAUGCCAUCCCGGAAGAACGGGCGGAGAGGAGCUGGAGGAAACCUGGCACAGCUGAUUCACUUGCUGCAAGUGGUGAUGAGGUUGAGUCUGGGAUUGCUACAGAAGCCGAAGGUGUGGUGCAAGAGUGAUAUAUCAUCAGAAGGUUCAACUGUUGGGUUGAUGAGUGUCUUGCAAUUUCAUCUUUUCUUGUUUUGCACUGAUGACUGAUGUUAUUAUUGAGGUGUGAUACAGAGACAAUUUUGGUAGGCUCACGAGUAGUUUUGAAUUAUGAUUAUUAAAGGCCUAGAAAGGCUUGUUUUGUACCUUGUCGUGACUUAGAACACUCUGUUUUCUUCAAAAUUUUGUUUAUCAUCAUUUGUUGAAUAGAAA